UGGCGCAAUAUUCAUCUCAUGUUUAUCCGACAACAAAACGCGCUUUUAACCCUCAUGAUAGUUUAAUUUUUUUCUGGUCUUGUGGUGUAUCUUGGAAGAAAAUAGUUUAAAAUGGAACAAAAAUGCUCUGACUUAAGUUCAACAACCGACAUAUCAAGGAAAAAUAGACCUUCUCGCGUUGCAAAAUCUCGUCUUCCACUUUUUCAAAAAUUUUCUUUUACGGUUGGACACUUUCUCAACGAUGCUGUUUUUGGAGCAUGGAUAUCCUAUUUGAUAAUUUUCGAAACAAAAGUUAUUGGUUUGUCCAACAGAACUGCUGGCUUUCUGUGGAUCAUCCCCGGCACUGUGGACGCUGUGUUAUGUUUGGGUGUAGGUUACAUCUGCGACAACUACAAGUUCCCUCUUCUUUCAAGAUAUUACGGUAAACGUAAGAGCUUUCACUUACUCGGGACUGUUCUAGUGGCGGGAUUAUUUCCAUUUCUCAUGAUGCCGUGUUUUAUCUGCGGGGAGGAUUCAUCCGAGCAGACUAUGGGCAUUUACUAUGGCUCGAUCAUGAUUGUACACAACAUUGGCUGGGCUUUAUCUCAAGUCACUCAUCUGGCGCUAAUACCGGAGAUUGCUAAAAGACCCAGUGAAAUGGUGGAAUUACACGGCUUAAGAUCCGGUUUUACAUUUCUCAGCGGCAUCUUCGUGUAUGCCAUCACUUGGAUCGUCCUCAAAACCGAUGGCGGAGAUGAGAAGAUUUCUUUUAGUCAGUGGAAAGACUUUAUGGAAAUAUCGGUGAUUGUGGUAGGGACAGGUUGUUUUUUCUCGUUAAUUUUUCACUUGGGAACCAAAGAACCUCCCACCCCUGUGGAAAACAAAAAAGGUCCUUUCGGCAGCCUCACGGGUGGGGAGAGACGGAGAAUUCUAAGCGCCACACUGCCUCUCCCUGAUAAAACAGUUGGGGUGUUCUGUAUGUACAAAGAAAAAGAUCUCGAUCAAGCUCCUGAGGAGAAUUGGGUACAGACUGAGGCCACACCCAAGGAACUCAAACAAGAGGAAUGUGAAGAUAAUAAGGAGAAGGGUAGUGAAUCGCGCGUAAAAAGAGACAUUGAAUGGAACGUGACUGAUUUGAGGAAAGGCUUGAAUGGUAACGAAUUUAGCUUUGCAAAUCCGGCUUUUUGUACCGACGAGAAGCUAGAUUUUGAUCGUGAAAAAAUUGCUAGAGAUUCUGGUGAGAAUUGUGACCUUCAAACGCAAGAAAAACAUAGGAUAACAAACGAAUUUAGUUUCUCAAAUCCUGCCUUUAAAAGCCAGGAUAAACAAAGUGACAAUGGUGUAGCAAGUUCGCCAGAAACAGAUCAAGUGAACAGCGAGGACGGAAAUGAGGUGCAGGUGAUGGCUGAACGUCAGAGUAACAGAUCUGAUUGCAGCGACGCCAGCGAAGGAUACGCUUCAUCGCCAGAAAAUUAUUAUCCUGUUGACUGUUUCGAAAGUUCCCAUACCAAAUCAAACCUCGAGACAGAAAAACUCGACUUUGCCAAACAGGAUGAUAUUGCAAUGGAAUCCAGCUCUUUCUACGUUGGACACAGGUCCCUCUCGUCUUAUAGCAGCCGCGGAGGCUUGCUCUCCAAGACGACUGAUGCGAGUUUCAGUGGAGACAGUUUUAUAAUAGAGAUAUUGAAUGAUCAGGGAACGAAGAGUAGUAAAACUAAAAAGACCUGGUCUUAUUGGUUCAAAACUCCACUGUUCUAUAAGAUCUCUUUUGCCUUCAUGUGUGCGCGCCUCGUUCAAGUAGUCAGCUCUUCGUACGUUCCACUUUAUUUGACGGAAACCCUCGGAUUUGAAAAGGAAUCCAUCGCUUAUUUCCCUCUAGUGAUCUUGCUCAGCAGUGUAAUUUCGAGCUUAGCCGCGAAGAAACUCGACAAAAUGCUUGGAGACAAAUGGACAUACUGCUUUGCCGCCUCUCUGGUGGUAGGAUCCUCAGCUUGGUUUUACCUUCAAGACGAAUCGGGAAAGAACGCGGCCUACUGCGCUGCGAUCCUUGUAGGAUGCGGUAGUUCUGUGAUGUACGUGACGUCAUUGGCUCUGGCUGGUAAGCUGGUUGGAGACAAUAAAGAGUCCGGUGCGUUCGUCUUUGCGUCGAUGAGCAUUUUAGCCAAGGUGGCUUGUGGGACUUCUAUUUUAGUUAUUCAGGAAUUGUUUCCUACCGGCAGAGCCACCGCUGAGUAUGUCCGAUACGCGUUUUCUGUGGUACCAGGCGCUGCGUCAUUACUGGGUUUCUUAGCUGUGGUUGCUUUCCUUCCGGCCACCAUGAAGUGUAAGAAAGUAGUUCACACCGCCGACUGUUCAGUUCAGACAGAAGACAUUACAAAAAUCUCUCAUACUUACGAAAACCGCGCUGUAAUGGAUGAUGUUGAUGGGGACCACAAAGAGAACGAAUUUGUUACAGAUGACGGCGAUAAAGCAGCUCGUGCUGUCUGUUAAGAGGCAGAGGAUGAAGGAAAAUGAGAAGAGAGAAGGGAAAGAAAUGAUAGCUCUUGCAAAAUUUAAUAAAAAGCGUCUGCGUCUCCCUGGUUCUUAACUUUGAACUUAUAUUAGUAUAAAGCAAGGUUCAAUAGCCUUUCUAAGUUGGAAGUAAUUUUACUCUCUAAUUUAGUCUUGCUCAGUCCUUGCUAUACUAAAACACUUUUUCCAGGUCAGCUCUUGAAGGCUUAGAAGGAAUAUAACGGUAUAUUCCAAAUAAAUCGCUAUUAUCUAAAUAGGCUGUCUCGUUGUAAAUAUGAA